UCGUCUAAGCACCGCAUGCGUGAAUUCACACGGAUUCAAGCAUCUCCGCUAACAACAAACCGAGUGUCGUGUGUCUCCUCCGUCUGUUCUCUCAUUGAUGGCCUAUUACUGAUAGUGCAACACAUAACGGAUGUUCUUCGUGGGACAGAAAAUAAAGAAUUAGCGAAGGGAGAAAUGGGGCGAUAUUCGAGUGAUUCUGAUAGCGAAAGAGGAGCGAGGAGAAGGAGGAGGAGUAGAUCACAGAGUGGUAGCAGCACGAGUUCCAGAAGCCGGCAUAAACACCACAGGAAGUCAAGGCGACACAGAAGGCAUUCAUCAAGCCGUUCGAGAAGCCGUUCACGCAGUAGAUCACGUUCUCGCAGGUCUCACUCCCGGAGCCGAGACCAAGACCGGUACAGACGCCGUGGCAGCUACUCUCGCUCGAGGUCACGGUCGCGUGAGAGAUACGGCCGGAAGCACAAGAAGUCGAAGCACAAGCGCAGGAGAAGGAGCUCAAGCUCAGGGUCGGAACGCAGCGACCGAUACUCAAAGUCUCGUUCGGCUAGAAGCAGCGCAGACCGAGAUCGCAGUAGCAGAGGCUCAACGAGAGACCCGGACAGAAGAGAGAGGGAAAGGGAGAAAGAGAAGGAGAAGGAAAAGGAAAAGGAGAAUAAAGCACUGAGCCAAAUAAAGGAGGAGCCUUAUCGCGAAAUGACAGAAUCAGAGAAACUGGCCUAUUCUAAAGCAGUCGAGGAGAUUGAGGGUGACUCCUUCGUUCAGCACAGUUUCAAGUCUAGCUCAAGUGACAAGAAGUCCCAGUCUUCAGCUAACGAUCAGGGUGAUGAGACCUUCAACUUUGGAACACAGGCGGAAGUCACGGCCAAGGGAGGUGGCAAGUUCAUACCACUGAGUGACGACAGUCUCUUUAGUCCUCAUCUGUUUGGGGAUCCUGAAGAAAGAGAAGAGAAGUACUUUCGUAGGAUUUUCUCUCUCAGGCAGAAGGCUGUGCUUGGGGAGCCAUUAUAGGGUAUUGGCACCGCAAGAAUUAUUAUUUAUUUGUGUUUGCAUUUUUUAUGACUCAUUGAAUUGUAUAGUCUGGAUUGAAUUAUAGUAACUUUAUUAUUAUUAAAAAAAAAACUUUCUGAUAGCUGAAAUAAAAAGAAGAUGUGAAAGUUUGACCAUCAGUAUUUUAUUUGAUGAUUUUUAGAAUUACUUUUAAACACCGCAAUAUCAGCUUUUAUGAUAAAUAAAUUUAUAAAUUAGAAAA